GAGUCUCUGCUCUGGUGGGCCAGCCCGGUCUUUCCGGUUUUCUUUCCCCCCAACUUCCGGACUGGUCGGGUCACGGAGCUCCUCGGCACCGGCAAGCGACCGCUGUGCAACUGAAGACUGACGUGUUUGUUUUCGGCCCAUGGGGCCAGGCUGGUCUGGGCUGCCGCCGGCGUCAUGUCAGACACAGACAGCGAUGAGGAUCCCGCCGGAGGAGGCCCGUUUUCUCUAACCGGGUUCCUGUUCGGCAACAUCAAUGGAGCGGGGCAGCUGGAGGGCGAAGGCGUCUUGGAUGAAGAGUGUAAGAAGCAUCUUGCAGGCUUGGGGCCUCUGGGUCUGGGCAGCUUGAUCACUGAACUCACGGCAAAUGAAGAACUGGCUGGGCCUGACAGGGCCUUGGUAGAUGAUGAAGGAUGGAUUCGGAGUAGAGAGGAUGCUGUGGACUAUUCAGACAUCAAUGAGGUGGCAGAAGACGAAAGCCAAAGAUACCAGCAGACAAUGGGGAGCCAAAGCUUGGUUUUAUCGGAUUAUGAUAAAGAUGACUCUGAUGCUGAUUGUGAAAAUAUUGAUUGCAAGUUCAUGCCUCCCCCACCUUCACCCCUAGGACCAGUGAAGGAAGAGGAUCAAGAUGGUAUUACUGAUGUGUCUGAAGAUGGAGAAAGCAUCAUCUUGCCCUCCAUCAUUGUCCCUUCCUCUUUGGCCUCAGAGAAAGUGGACUUCAGUAGUUCCUCUGGCUCAGAAUCUGAGGUGGGACUUCAGGAAGCAACACAGGCAGAAUCUAAGGAUGGAAAGAUGACUCUACCAUUGGCCGGGAUUAUGCAGCAUGAUGCCACCAAGCUGUUGCCAAGUGUCACAGAACUUUUUCCAGAAUUUAGGCCUGGAAAGGUGUUACGCUUUUUGCGGCUUUUUGGGCCCGGGAAGCAUGUCCCAUCUGUUUGGAGGAAUGCUCGGAAAAAGAGGAAGAAGCACCGUGAACUUGUAAAACAAGAUCAGAAAGGAUUAGAAGUCAACCAGAAAUCUCUGUGGAACUAUGACUAUGCUCCAACACCACCUCCAGAGCAGUGUCUCUCUGAUGAUGAAACCACAAUGAAGGCACCUGUGAAGUUCAAGUUUUUCCAGGCAACUAGAAAAACAGAUAAAGUGAUGGAUAGUAAUCCAAGAGUGGCAGAGUGGCGUUAUGGGCCUGCCCGGCUGUGGUACGAUAUGCUUGGUGUCCCUGAAGAUGGCAGUGGGUUUGACUAUGGCUUUAAAAUGAGGAAGACUGAGCUUGAACCUACAAUAAACUGCAACAUGAUGAAGAAAUUAAGGAAACUUGAGGAAAGCAAUGGCAUUGAUCUCCUGGCAGAUGAAAACUUCCUAAUGGUGACACAACUGCAUUGGGAAGAUGAUAUCAUCUGGGAUGGGGAGGAUGUCAGACACAGAGGAAUAAAACCUCAGCGUGCAAGUUUGGCAGGCUGGCUUCCUUCCAGUCUGACUAGGAAUGCUAUGGCUUACAAUGUUCAGCAAGGUUUUGCAGCCACAUUGGAUCCUGAUAAACCUCGGUACUCCAUUUUCCCCAUCGAUAGUGAAGAUCUGGUAUAUGGACGUUGGGAGGACAAUAUCAUUUGGGAUGCUCAGGCCAUGCCUAGGAUUUUGGAGCCUUCUGUCUUGACACUUGAUCCCAAUGAUGAGAACUUGAUUUUGGAGAUCCCUGACGAGAAGGAAGAAGCUACAUCUAAUUUCCCUUCCAAGGAGAUUAAGAAAGAAUCAACUAUGAGGAGGAGCCGAAUCCUCUUAGGAAAAACAGGGUUCAUCAAGGAAGAGCCACAGCAGAACAUGUCUCAACCAGAAGUGAAAGAUCCGUGGAAUCUCUCCAAUGAUGAGUAUUACUAUCCCAAGCAACAGGGUCUUCGAGGUACUUUUGGAGGGAAUAUUAUCCAGCACUCGAUUCCAGCUGUAGAAUUAAGGCAGCCCUUCUUCCCCACGCACAUGGGACCCAUCAAACUCCGGCAGUUCCACCGCCCACCUCUAAAAAAGUACUCCUUCGGGGCACUAUCUCAGCCAGGUCCACACUCGGUCCAGCCUUUGCUGAAGCACAUCAAAAAGAAGGCAAAGAUGAGAGAACAAGAGAGGCAAGCCUCAGGCGGUGGAGAGAUGUUUUUCAUGCGCACCCCUCAGGACCUCACAGGCAAAGAUGGCGACAUUAUUCUUGCAGAAUACAGUGAGGAAAAUGGACCAUUAAUGAUGCAAGUUGGCAUGGCAACCAAGAUAAAAAACUACUAUAAACGGAAACCCGGAAAAGAUCCUGGAGCCCCAGAUUGCAAAUAUGGAGAAACUGUUUAUUGCCACACCUCUCCUUUCCUGGGCUCGCUUCAUCCUGGCCAGUUACUGCAGGCAUUUGAAAACAACCUUUUUCGUGCUCCAAUUUAUCUUCAUAACAUGCCAGAGAGUGACCUCCUGAUCAUUCGAACACGGCAGGGUUACUAUAUUCGAGAAUUACUGGAUAUUUUUGUGGUGGGCCAGCAGUGUCCCUUGUUUGAAGUUCCCGGUCCUAACUCCAAAAGGGCCAAUACACACAUCCGAGACUUUCUUCAGGUGUUUAUUUACCGCCUCUUUUGGAAGAGUAGAAAUACGCCACGGAGGAUCCGGAUGGAAGUUAUAAAGAAAGCCUUUCCUUCACAUUCAGAAAGCAGCAUCCGGAAGAGGCUAAAGCUCUGUGCUGACUUCAAACGUACAGGGAUGGAUUCAAACUGGUGGGUGCUGAAGUCUGAUUUUCGUUUACCAACGGAAGAGGAGAUUAGAGCCAUGGUAUCACCAGAACAGUGCUGUGCUUAUUAUAGCAUGAUAGCUGCAGAGCAGAGACUAAAGGAUGCUGGCUAUGGAGAGAAUCCUUUUUUGCUCCCGAGGAAAAACGAAGAAGAGUUCCAGAUAAUAAUUGAUGACGAAGUAAGAGUUUACAAACUGUUUUUGAGACAAGAGUCUUGUUUGUAA